UAGAGAGAAAGAGAAAGAGAGAGAAAUCCGCUGUCGCUGGUUUGUUGAGUGGACUGUGUUGGCCAGUCCAUUAGUCUGGUAUUGGUGAAUUCAAUAUAUGCAUGCAUCUGUAUGGAUUGACCUCAACAUGCACCACUGUCCUGAAUUAGCACUGAAAGUGUGACCACUAUAUGUUUACUAGUGUCAGAUGUAGAGAAGCCAGCGCUGUUUACGUCGGACGCUUCCAGAGAGGUGACACCAAAGAGUUAAUAAUGCAGAAAGAGUAAAAGCUUUCUAGUAAACCGUGUGGAUUGCGUUUGCCACAUGUGGCAGUUCCUUUUGUCUUUUACGUGUUUUUAAUAACGUCUUCUUUUUUAAGUUUGGUUGCCAGGAUGCAGGCAGCAGCUGGGGGGGAAUGGCUCGCUUUAUUGCACCUCUCGGGUUUUUGUGAUGUUUCCUUGCCAUUCAGAAAUCUGGCAAUAUUGUGACCUGUCACUUUGAGUUUUUCUUAGCUUGUUGGCGCAUUCACAAUGAGCGAAAAUGAAAAGAGACAAGACUUUUCUAUCUUUUCCUCACUUACCGACAAGCAUAUCCCCCCGUUUUCCUCACUCACACCACCCCCCCCCUCCUUUUUCUCUUUAGUGGAAUGACAGUUGGAUUAUGUAUUUCUGUGGUGAACCUCCAUACGCACUCAGUGAUGAAUUACAUUUAAAUUUGUUUGACUUCAUUCCCGAGUUGGCGCAUUGAGCACUUAAAAUGCACAUCUCUUCCGUUGUUUUCCUCUCUUUUUUUCCCCCCUCCUCUCCUCCAUUUUAUUAUAUUAGCUGUAGAGAAAACAAGGCGAGGGAAUUGCAUUAGUGUAUCUUAAGUUAAAAGCUCCUUGCUCUUUGACCAAGUGUUUCAGUGCUAUUGGGUUAAUCAGAUUUUUGCUGUCUGCGUGGAGAUGCUAUCGUGGGUAACCAAAGCAGCCCCCACUCCGACACUAUCCAGAUGGGAUCGGCUUACGGGCCUCCUUGUCCCAUUCAUUAGGCCGAUUACUCAGUCCACUGGCCACUCUGGAGCCCUCUCACUUCUGGCUGUUGAACAGGAUGGCCGCUGAGGAGCGGCACCUGCCGUCCAGCUGUGGCUCGUACAUAAAGACGGAGCCGUCCAGUCCGUCCUCGUUGGUGGACACGGCCAGCCACCCAAGUCCCGGAGCCCACUCGGACGCCAGUGGCGGUUACGCUAGCGCCAUCAACAGCCACUCCAACGGCCUGGACUCUCCACCCAUGUUUACGCCGGCCGGACCCCUGGGUGCCGCGGGCAGCGCCUGCCGCAAGCGCUACGAGGACUGCUCCAGCACGCUGCUGGAGGAUUCAGGCCCCAUCAAGUGUGAAUACAUGCUCAACUCCAUCCCCAAACGCCUGUGUCUGGUCUGCGGAGACAUUGCAUCAGGCUACCACUAUGGCGUGGCCUCCUGCGAGGCUUGCAAGGCCUUCUUCAAGAGGACGAUACAAGGUAACAUAGAGUACAGCUGUCCGGCCACCAACGAGUGUGAGAUCACGAAGCGGAGACGCAAGUCUUGUCAAGCCUGCCGCUUCAUGAAGUGUCUGAAAGUGGGCAUGCUGAAGGAAGGUGUUCGUCUGGAUCGUGUGCGAGGAGGCAGGCAGAAGUAUAAGAGGAGGAUUGACACAGAGAACAGUGCUUACCUGGGCCUCACACUGCCACCUCCAGCAAAGAAACCAUUGACGAAGAUCGUGUCCCACCUGCUGGUAGCAGAGCCAGAGAAAAUCUAUGCCAUGCCAGACCCCACCAUGCCUGAAAGUGACAUUAAGGCGCUGACCACCCUGUGUGACCUGGCUGACCGCGAGCUGGUGGUCAUCAUCGGCUGGGCCAAGCAUAUCCCAGGCUUCUCCAGCUUGUCUCUGGGAGAUCAGAUGAGUCUACUGCAGAGCGCCUGGAUGGAGAUUCUGAUCCUGAGCAUCGUGUUCCGCUCGCUGCCCUACGAAGACGAGUUGGUGUACGCAGAGGACUACGUGAUGGACGAGGAGCACUCGCGGCUCACAGGCCUGCUGGACCUCUACGUGUCCAUCCUGCAGCUCGUCCGCAAGUACAAGAAGCUGAAGGUGGAGAAGGAGGAAUUUGUCACACUCAAGGCCAUCGCCCUCGCCAACUCAGACUCUAUGCACAUAGAGGACGUGGAGGCAGUUCAGAAGCUGCAGGACGCUCUUCACGAGGCCCUGCAGGACUAUGAGAGCGGGCAGCACACGGAGGACCCUCGGCGAGCAGGAAAGCUGCUAAUGACCCUGCCCCUGCUCCGGCAGACGGCCACCAAGGCGGUGCAGCACUUCUACAGCAUCAAGGUGCAGGGCAAAGUGCCCAUGCACAAACUGUUCCUGGAAAUGCUAGAGGCCAAGGUCUGAACAGGCCCCGCGCAUGGCAGCCACGGUCACAUUGCCGCGGCAACAGCGAAAAGGGAUGCGUUAGAGACACACUAACUGAGGAGAGGUGCUGAGAGAGACACACUGUUUGACAAGCAGAUUAUAGACUCGCCUCUCUCCCCUCUCUGUCUUUUCAAACCCGUCCCCCUCUGUCUUUCUCGGACACGAGACAUUUUUAAAGAAGACCUGAAAAAAAGAAGAAACGCAAUGGAAAAAACUCAAAGUAUAAAUAUAAAUGAAGAAAAGUUUAAAAUAUAUAACAAAUCCUAUGUACUUGUACAGUAAUGAUUUUUUUGGUUUGUUUUUUUGUUUGUUUAUGGUCUGUGCUUAUGUAUGAAGGAAGAAAUCUCUCAAUAAGGUGGUCGGACGCUCUUUUUUAUUUUCAAAAUUUUGAAAACCUAACUCUCUAUACAUGUCAUGAUUAAAUCUGUAAACCUGUGGAGCAUCUCACGUGAUGGUUCAGCCCCUGGAUGUUACCAGGACUCUGCUUGGACUUGUAAAUAUUCAUUCACAGUGCGAUAAAAUGAGGUGACUGUACAGGCAAAAGUUGGGGGAAAUGACAGCCAUGUUGUCUUGCUUUGCUUGACCGGAUGGGGGGACACAUAAUCAGUAAAAAACAAAAAAAAGAAAAAAAAAGGAACAUGAGCUCUUUCAGUUUAAACGUCCAUGAAUAUA